UUUUUUUUUACCUGGCAUUUCUUCUUUGUGUCAACACACUGGUUGUUAGAUAAACUGCCAGACAAUUUCCUAAAAACUUGCAAGUUUUUCUUGCCUUUGCCCGUGACUUUUACAAGCACUGGCGCCAAUGCCUCAGCUUUGGAGAAAGAGAUUGGUCCAGAACAAUUUCCAGUCAAUGAGCACUAUUUUGGUUUGGUUAAUUUUGGGAAUACAUGCUACUGCAAUUCAGUUCUUCAGGCACUUUAUUUUUGUCGACCAUUUCGAGACAAAGUCUUAGCAUACAAGAGUCAGCCAAGAAAAAAAGAAAAUCUCCUUACAUGCUUAGCUGAUCUCUUCCACAGUAUAGCCACCCAGAAGAAAAAAGUUGGAGUAAUACCUCCCAAGAAAUUUAUAACAAGAUUACGAAAAGAAAAUGAGCUUUUUGAUAACUACAUGCAGCAGGAUGCACAUGAGUUCUUAAACUACCUGUUAAAUACAAUUGCUGAUAUCUUGCAAGAGGAAAGAAAACAAGAGAAACAAAAUGGUCGCCUACCUAAUGGCAACAUUGACAGUGAAAAUAACACCCCACCAGACCCAACCUGGGUGCAUGAAAUCUUUCAGGGAACACUAACUAAUGAAACCAGAUGUCUUACAUGUGAAACUAUAAGCAGCAAAGAUGAAGACUUCUUAGACCUUUCAGUUGAUGUGGAACAGAAUACUUCAAUCACUCACUGUUUAAGGGGUUUCAGCAAUACAGAAACUCUGUGCAGUGAAUACAAAUAUUACUGUGAAGAAUGUCGCAGUAAACAAGAAGCACAUAAAAGGAUGAAAGUAAAAAAGCUGCCUAUGAUUCUAGCUCUCCAUUUGAAGAGAUUUAAAUACAUGGAUCAGCUGCAUCGAUACACAAAACUCUCUUAUAGAGUAGUUUUUCCUUUAGAGCUUCGUUUAUUUAACACCUCAGGAGAUGCCACCAAUCCUGACAGAAUGUAUGACCUUGUUGCUGUGGUAGUUCAUUGUGGAAGUGGCCCUAACAGAGGACAUUAUAUUGCAAUAGUGAAGAGUCAUGAUUUUUGGUUGCUUUUUGAUGAUGAUAUCGUUGAGAAAAUUGAUGCACAAGCUAUUGAAGAAUUCUACGGGUUGACAUCAGACAUCUCAAAGAACUCUGAGUCUGGCUACAUCCUCUUCUAUCAGUCUCGGGAUUGAGAGGGAACUAGAGAAGAGAGAUUUUCAUGCCUCGCAUCUUCACUAUCUUGGAAUGGAGCAAGCACUGAAAAAAAGGAAAGCAGGGAGCUCCAGGGGAAGUAGCACAGUUUGCACACAACUAGGCAAAGAGUUUGGGAUUCUUAAAACCUUUGUAUCGUUUUCAUUUUAUUUGCUCAGGUAUCAUGCUGACUACCCAUCUCCACUGCAUCCCAUAAGCAAAAAGAGAGACACCAGCCACUCUUGCAGGAGCUUUCCAUUAGGUAGUACUAUCUCUGUGGUCCUAAUUCAAAGCCCAUUAAGGUCACUGGAGAACCUUUUAUGGACUUCAGUAGAAUUUGAAUCAGGUUCUAACUGCACUGCCAGGCUGGUGCAAUAGGAGCAUUAGAAAUCUGUAUUUUAUACAGACUUUGUGUAUUAAAGGUAAAGGACUCUUUGUGAACUUAGUUUCCUGUGCUUGACUUUAAAGGAACGAGGUUGGGAAGGUUACCAUGUAAGGAAGAAGAUACAUCUGGGCCCAACACAAUUGCCUUCUUGAUGGUAGUAGUUUAACUGAA